AUGCACCAGAAGUUUUCACACAAUGGAACAGUCUUCCAACAAAAUUUGCGGGUACAAGGAGUCUUGCCGCCACAAUUCAGAUCAGGAGAACCCAUCGAGGAAGGGAUGUGGCUCUACCUCUGCAUUCAGAGAGGACUCAACGAGUCGUUUCGGCAUCUCGGCGAAGAAAUCAAGUUCAAAUAUCUUAGCAGUGAGUCGCGGCAGCUCGCCCCGGAAAUCAGUGGUUUCCGAUUCUUCGGCUCCACUCGGAUAUCUGUCGACACCGAGACCGGCACUUCAGAGAUCCCAGCCGAUACUUCGCUCAUCCUGCAAGUGUUUGGUUCCGGUUUCAACAAUACGACGGCUCUCGCUUUCACCAAUGUACCGGCUGCGAAGGGUGCGUCGUGCGAUAACAUGGCGCUCGCGAAAGUCAUCCUGUUUUCUACAGAUGCGGUCCUCGUGCAGAGGGACACCGCAACAAUUCGUGCGGAAUUCGCUGCCUCGCCUGGACUCUUAUACUUAUGCGUCAAAUACAUGAACGAAGAGGGAGAAAAAAAUGGCUGGACACACCAAGGCGACCCAGUGUGGCUCUCCUUCAGAUGCGCAGGACGUUUGCUGCCGAUCUGGGUGCAAGCGAGUCUGAUCGGCGUGCUUCUCGUACUUUCCGGUCUGUUCUCAGGUUUGAACUUGGGUUUGAUGGCCCUCGACAAAACAGAAUUGAGAGUUAUCGAGUCCUGCGGAACGCCAUCCGAACAAAAAUGCGCCAAGGCUAUAGCGCCGCUAAGGAAUCACGGAAACUAUUUGCUCUGCUCGUUGCUACUCGGCAACGUUUUAGUGAACAACACGCUGACUAUACUGAUGGACGACCUCACAUCGGGGCUCGUGGCCAUAUUGAGUGCUACGAUUGCCAUCGUAAUAUUCGGAGAGAUAAUUCCACAAGCCAUCUGUUCUCGACACGGCUUGGAAGUCGGAGCGCGGACUCUGGUCAUAACGAAAAUCUUCAUGGUCAUCACAUUCCCGGCGUCGUAUCCGAUAUCACUCGUUCUGGACUACUGUCUUGGUGAAGAGAUCGGCCAUGUUUACGAUCGAGAGAAGCUGGUCGAAUACAUAAAACUCACCAUGGACUAUACACAGUUGGCCAACGAGGAAGUGAACAUAAUCUCGGGAGCUCUCGAGCUCAAAACGAAACAUGCUGGUCAGAUUAUGACCAUCAUCGACGAUGUAUUCAUGCUACCGUACGACACCGUGCUGGACUUUGAAACCGUUUCCAACAUCAUCCGUCAAGGCUACACGCGUAUACCUGUCUACGACGGAAAUAGAGAUACCAUAGUUGCCUUACUUAAUAUAAAAGACUUGGCCUUCGUAGAUCCAGCGGACGCUUUCCCGCUGAAGACGGUGUGCGAUUUCUACAAGCACCCUUUGACAUAUUGCUUCGAAGACCAAUGCCUGGAUGAGCUGCUGGACGAAUUUAAAAAAGGGAAGAGUCACAUGUCCAUCGUUCAGUCGAUCCGAACGGCCGAUGACGCGGAUCCGAUCUACACCGUGGUCGGCAUCGUCACGCUUGAGGACGUGAUUGAAGAAAUCCUCAAGAUAGAAAUCGUCGAUGAGACCGACGUGCUCACUGAUAACCGCGAGCGCAAAAAACGCAAAGAAGUGCAGCUCUCCAAGCAGGAUUUCACUGACUUUGCUAAAACAAAUGUAACAAGCCUGAUACCAGCUCCGCUAGCUCUCGCUACUUUCCAGUUCAUGUCUACAGCUCUCGAGCCAUUCAGAAGGGAAUAUGUUUCCGAAAACGUUCUUCGCCGUUUGAUGGUUCAGAACAUCUUCAUCCACAUCAAACAAGAAGAUCUUAGAGACGAUACGCGCAAAUUCAUCUAUCGAGCUGGAAAGGCAACGGACUAUUUCGUACUGCUUCUUGAGGGCAGAGCCAGGGUGACGCAUCACACGAGCGCAAAUGAAACUCUUCAGUACGAGGCCGGGUCCUUCUCAUAUUUCGGAGUUCCGUCGAUUUUCGUCGUUCCGGCGGUCACCGCUACAGCAACAGAAGCUGUCCAGACCUCGCAGCUCUCACUGGCUUCUCCGAUGAGUGACUACGCGCAUCUACCAGAUCGGCCUUUCUGUCCCGAUUACUCGGUCGAGGCCAUAUCGGACAUGCUUUACAUGCGAGUUCAUAGAAAUGUUUAUGCGGCCGCGUACAAGGCAUCCCGGCUGGACAAGUCCAACCGCUCGAACGCAACGACUCUCGAGACGGAAUGGGCGAACGUCAUAAAUGCGGUGAAUAGCAGCAAUCACCGUCCUGCCGAGGUGUCUGCACGCGGGUCACUGGCUACGACGACAGUGCCUGCGUCUGGGGCGGGCACGCCUUGCUUAAGCCCAGGGAGCAACGCCGCGCAAGCGCCUCUAGCUCGGAAUUCGGACUCGUCGAUCUGUUCGAUACCGUUGCAAGAAUACAGUCCUCACGGAGCUCAAAUCAGAUCUCCGGAGCUGAGUAGAUCGGUGGCUUUGGAGCUGGCCAGCCCACCGCAAGCGACAGCGAGCAAUAACAAGUCGAGCCGACCCCCUUCAGGAAGUCAGCACGGAGGGUCGUCGUCGGCGUCGUCGACGACACCGAAAGAUCGCGAACGGGAAGUCAACGAACGAACCCUACUUUUGAGCGGAAACCACUCUACGAGCUUUUCGACAUCAGCGACUGGCGAAAGCGGCAAGAGUUGA